GCUCUGGCGACGACCACUGGUGACCGGACCACGACCGCAAACUCGUCCCCGACGCAUACCUCGACAAGAUGAUCAGUCAUAGCGAGCUAUACAACCUUGCCAACUCGUUGGGCUGUUUGGCGAUGCUCACAGUGGUGGCAUACCACUUCGUCUCAGUGAACGCCCGCCACCUCUCAGCAAAGAGCGGCGAAGCUCCCCGCAGCUCUUGAUGAAGUUGGCGGUAUGUUGAGGCGACACAACUGCUCUGGUCGAUGGCUCGAGUUGUCUCACAAUCAUUCGCCGUGCACAGCAAUACUUGGAAGAUACCUAAACCUACGGACCACUCGCGCGCGGCCUUCAGAUGUAUGUUGGAUAUCAGCCUCUAUUAGAUACGUGCAAUCGCCAUCCUAUAUUAUGUAUACGAGCGGCACCCGUACUUUGCGCGUUCAUCCUCCAGUUCGCUUUGCAUUAUUCGCAGGACCUCACAUAUGGACACAAGAGGGUCCACCACUCAUAAUGGCACGCACGUACAUAUGUACAUGGAUCACCGCGACACUGGUCAAGAACUGGUGCCGAAUGUGAUGAUAACGCUCGCUCAACACGCCCCGUUCUUCACAGCCUGCCAGGAGGGCCGAGAAGUGAU